CCCUACCCCAAGAUUGAUGUUCCGUUGUUCGAUGGAAAUCAUGCCUCUUCUUGGGCUGAUAAGUUCGAACAGCUAGGAUAUAGCAACGAAUGGACGGAUGAGAAGAUGCUUCAUAUGGUCAAAAGGUACUGCAAGGYGGAGUACCGAGACGAGAUCGGUGAGCUGGUCCAAAUCACCCGUGAUUGGUCAGACUUCAAGGCGCGGCUGUUGGAGAAAUAUCAGCUCAGCGACCGGCUGCUCGACCUGCAGGAUUUUAGGGUUGUGGAUCGUAAAAMGUUUGGUACUACCAAACAAUUCUUAUCGGAGUUUGAGCAUGUGGCUCGCCUAAUCCCGGAUCUAUCCGACAAAGAUCGCUGCCUCAUCUUCCUUGACAACUUCAACGACGYCGAACAGUCGAAGUUGGUUGAAGGAAUGCAAGGGAGGUAUGACAAGACUAAGGUCCGGCAAAAUGCGUUGGUGGGAACGUUCGACGAUAUCCUUUACCCGUUGUUGAGGCAGCAAAAGGAGGAGCGGGAGAAAAUGAAGCUGGGAGAGGUGAAGGACGGUGAGAUUUACAAAACUUUGACCUGCAUGAGAGAAAUGAUGGAGGGCAUGAAAGAGGAGAGGCUGAAGUUUCAAGUUAUGCUGGCCAAAGAGAAAAAGAGKWAGAGGAAGGGGAAAGAGCCGGCAGAAGAAGAAAGCGACAGUGAGAGYGAGGAGGAAAAGGAGUCGCCUCUGGAAGAAGAGCCUAUCCCCGUUACUGAGAACGAAGAGGAUAACGAGGAUGAGAAGUCGCGGUCCGAAGAGGAAGAACGGGCUCGUCGUCGUGCGCUGGAAAGGGAACCUAAGAAAGGGAAAGCCGAGGUAAUCGAGGAGGAGCCACGAAAGAAGAAGAACAUUUACUCGAUCCCCAUGGAGCAAGGGAUCGAUAUUGAGCGACUCGUCAAUAAAAUCUUGGAGAGUCAGCGUGACUUGGUCACGCUGAAGGAAAUUUUGGCAGUGUCGCCAAAGAUUCGAGAAGAAUUUAAACAACGAAUGACUCGCAAGAGGGUCAUGACUGUUAAGCUCGGCGAAGUCAUUCCGUCGGAGGCUAACUGGUCUCCACCUGGGACAAAGAUGGAUUGGCGAAGUGUGUCGACCGACCAUAUGAAGGUCCAGAUUGGACAGUAGGAGUAUUCGACACUUGUGGAUGAUGGAGCCAAGAUGAACAUCAUUCCCACAGCGCCAUGCCAUUGAAGUGGGGUUAAAGAUCAACCGAGAAGA